GAGGCAAUGCUGCUGCCGCUGCUGAGCUGGUUGUGCUCCUCCCUGGUGGCCGCCGUCUACGGCGGAGCUCUGCCCGAGGCGGAGGUCAAGCUGGAAGUCCUGCACAAACCUUUCCUCUGUCAUCGUAAAUCCAAGUACGGAGACAUGAUGCUGGUGCACCAUCAAGGCUACUUCGAGAAUGGUACCAUGUUUCAUGACAGUCGUGGUGAUCCUACUGAGGGGGACAAACAUGCAAUGUGGUUCAUAUUGGGCAUCAGGGAGGUGAUCAAAGGCUGGGACCAAGGUCUCCAGAACAUGUGUGCAGGAGAGAAAAGAAAGUUGAUCGUACCUCCAGCUUUGGCCUACGGCAAAGAAGGCAAAGGUAAAAUCCCCCCUGAAAGCACCUUGACCUUCAUCGUUGAGUUGCUCGAGAUCAGAAACGGCCCGAGGUCGCACGAGUCGUUCCAGGAGAUGGACCUAAAUGACGACUGGAAGCUUUCCAAGUCCGAGGUAAAACAAUACUUCAAGAAGGAGUUCGAGCGUAACGGCUACCCUCCCAAUGACACCCUGCAUGAGAAUAUGGUCCAAGACAUUUUUGCCAAGGAGGAUGAAAACAAAGAUGGCUUCAUAUCCUCCAAGGAGUUUACUUACAAGUACAAACACGAUGAACUUUAAAGACUCUCAUCUAUGUUCUUGUCAUUCAUUUGUGGUGCCAGGAACAUUCUCGGGUGCGUUUGUUGGAUGCCUUGACACUGAACACAUUUGUGAACCUGAACGAAGCUCCGGUUUUGGUGUGGCGAUCGUUCGCCAACGUGUAACUUUGCUCUGAUUGGCCCACGUCAGCUACCACAUGUGACUUUGCUGUAGGGAUCUUGUAUUCGUGUCAAACUUUGUCAUAAAUAUGAAAAAAAAAAUUGUUUUCAA